AUUUCAGCCUCAGAACUUCCGGGCAGACAAAGACGUGGAGGAAAGCACUGAGGCUAGCUGACCCCAGAGAUCGAAUCAAUUCCGAGGGGAUCUGAAUCCACCUGGUGCAGGAUGAACUCCACCCAUCGCCAUGGAAUGCACACUUCUCUCCACUUCUGGAACCGCAGCACCUUCGGACUGCACGGCAAUGCCAGUGAGUCCCUUGGAAAAGGCUACUCGGAUGAGGGGUGCUACGAGCAACUUUUUGUCUCCCCCGAGGUGUUCGUGACUCUGGGUGUCAUAAGCUUGCUGGAGAAUAUUCUGGUGAUUGUGGCAAUAGCCAAGAACAAAAACCUGCAUUCACCCAUGUACUUUUUCAUCUGUAGCCUGGCCGUGGCUGAUAUGUUGGUGAGCGUGUCAAACGGAUCCGAAACCAUUGUCAUCACCCUAUUAAACAGUACAGAUACGGACGCGCAGAGUUUCACCGUGAAUAUUGAUAAUGUCAUCGACUCCGUGAUCUGUAGCUCCUUGCUCGCAUCGAUUUGCAGUCUGCUUUCAAUUGCAGUGGACAGGUACUUUACUAUCUUUUAUGCUCUCCAGUACCAUAACAUCAUGACGGUCAGGCGGGUUGGGAUCAUCAUAAGCUGUAUCUGGGCAGCCUGCACGGUUUCGGGCAUUUUGUUCAUCAUUUACUCAGACAGCAGUGCAGUCAUCAUCUGCCUCAUCACCAUGUUCUUCACCAUGCUGGCCCUCAUGGCCUCUCUCUAUGUCCACAUGUUCCUCAUGGCCAGACUGCACAUUAAGAGAAUCGCUGUCCUCCCAGGGACUGGCGCCAUCCGCCAAGGGGCCAACAUGAAGGGCGCAAUUACCCUGACCAUACUGAUUGGGGUUUUUGUUGUCUGCUGGGCCCCGUUCUUCCUCCACUUAAUAUUCUACAUCUCGUGUCCCCAGAAUCCUUACUGUGUGUGCUUCAUGUCUCACUUUAACCUGUAUCUCAUACUGAUCAUGUGUAAUUCCAUCAUCGACCCUCUCAUUUAUGCACUCCGGAGCCAAGAACUAAGGAAAACCUUCAAAGAGAUCAUCUGUUGCUACCCUCUAGGCGGCCUCUGUGAUUUGUCUAGCAGAUACUAAAUGGGGACAGAGGAGGGACUAGAAACAUGCGUAAGAGACUUCUUCCUUCUUACAGAACUUGAACGGUGUGUGCUUCAACAACAGUGUUUUCCUCCAUGGGAGGCAUGGGUUGAGACUGUCUCUUGUAUAAAUUGAAGUUUAUGAUUUUUUGGAAUGAAAAGCAAUGUCCAGUCUCUGUACAUUUCUAAUGUCUUGCACUUUUUGGCUGUACAAUGUUAAUCCAUACUAUAGGUUAGAAGCACGAUGAAUGUAUAGAGGAGAAAAAAACCUCUUAUUAAAAGCAUAACCAUGUUUCUUCUUACAAGGAUUGGACACUUUCCUUGUUUUAGUAACAUAGAAAUCACAGAAUCAUUAAAUAGACUGUAAUAAAUGGCUUCUUAUAUUACACUCUCUAACAUUGAAAUGUAGAGAUUUGAUUGUAGCAUUUGGGGGUAAAUAUUGAAGAAUACAUGCUUAG